AGCAGCCCGGGACGCUGGGAGGAGGAGGGCGGCUCCGCGAUCUGCCGGCGGCUCCGCGACCUGCCGGCGCGCCCCGCUCCUGCGCCCCGCUCCACGGCCCGCAGGUGCCAUGACUCAACAGCCCCAGGAGGGCUUCGAGGGCAGCGUGGAGGACGCCCGGGAGUGGAUGAAGGCGGUGCAGGAGCGGCUGCAGAUCAAUGACAACACCCAGGGGCCCCGGGCCGCCCUGGAGGCCCGGCUGCGGGAGACCGAGAAAAUAUGCCAGCUGGAGCCGGAGGGGCGCGUGAAGGUGGACCUGGUGCUGCAGGCGGCCGAGGCGCUCCUGGCCUGCUGCCCCGAGGACCAGAAGCCCGCGGUCCUGGCGCGGCUAAGGGACAUCAAGGCCCAGUGGGAGGAGACGGUCACCUACAUGAUUCACUGUCACAGCCGCAUCGAGUGGGUGUGGCUGCACUGGAGCGAGUACCUCCUGGCCCGCGACGAGUUCUACCGCUGGUUCCAGAGGAUGACGGUGGCGCUGGCGCCGCCCGUGGAGCUGCAGCUGGGCCUGAAGGAGAAGCAGUGGCAGCUGGGCCAGGCCCAGGUGCUGCUGCACGACGUGGGCCACCAGGCCAUGCUCCUGGACCGGCUGCUGGAGGAGGCGGCCUCCCUGUUCCACAGGAUCGGGGACCCCAGCGUGGACGAGGACGCCCAGAAGAGGAUGAAGGCAGAGUACGAGGCCGUGAAGGCCAGAGCCCAGGACCGAGUGGACCUGCUGGAGCAGGUGACCCAGGAGCAUGAGCGCUUCCAGGCGGACAUGGACGAGCUGCAGCUGUGGCUGCAGGCGGUGGUGGCGAAGGUGAACGGCUGCGUGGGGCGGAGCUGCUCGCUGCCCGCUGGCCGCCGGCUCUCGGCGCUGCAGGACAUCGCCAAGGACGUCCCCAGGGGCGAGGAGUCUCUGAGGCGGCUGGAGGCGCAGGCGGAGGGGGUCAUCCGGAACACCUCUCCUCUGGGUGCCGAGAAGAUCACCCGGGAACUGGAGGAGAUGCGGAGAGUCCUGGAGAAGCUCCGCGGCCUCCGUGAGGAGGAGGAGGGGCGGCUGCGCGGGCUGCUGGCGUCCACGGGCGCCUUUGAGCAGCAGAGGGCGCAGCUGGAGGCCGAGCUGGGAGAGUUCCGGAAGGACCUGCGGCGGCUGGCGGAGGAGGGCCUGCAGCCCGCGGCGAAGGCGGGCACCGAGGACGAGCUGGUGGCCCGCUGGAGACUCUACUCGGCGACACGGGCGGCGCUGGCCACAGAGGAGCCCCGGGUGGACCGGCUGCAGGCCCAGCUGAGGGAGCUCAUCGCCUUCCCCCACGACCUGCAGCAGCUCCCCGACAGCGUCGUCGAGGCCAUCCAGGAGUUCCAGAGCAUGAAAGGGCAGAGCGCCCGGCUGCGCAAUGCCGCGGGCGUGGAGCUGUGGCGGCGUUUCCAGCGGCCUCUGCAGGAUCUGCAGCUGUGGCGGGAGCUGGCCCAGCGGCUCCUGGACGUCACGGCCAGCCUGCCUGACCUGCCCUCCAUCCACACCUUCCUGCCGCAGAUCGAGGCGGCCCUGGCCGAGAGCUCCCGCCUGAAGCAGCAGCUGACCAUGCUGCCGCUGAAGACAGACCUGCUGGGCAGUGUCUUCGGCCAGGACAGAGCCACGGCCCUCCUGGAGCAGGUGACGAGCUCCGUGCGGGACAGGGACCUGCUCCACAACAGCCUCCUGCAGAGGAAAAGCAAGCUGCAGAGCCUGCUUGCUCAGCACAAAGACUUCGGGGCUGCCAUCGAGCCCUUGCAGAGGACGCUCUCGGACCUCCAGACCAGGGCCCGAGCCGAGAAUGGGCUUCAGCGGGACCUUCCUGGGAAACAGGCCCAGCUGUCGAGGCUGCAGGGGCUGCAGGAAGAGGGGCUGGACCUGGGCGUGCAGGUGGAGGCCACCAGGCCUUUCAUCCAGGGGAACCCCAACCACCAGCACAGAAUGGACCAGCUUUCCGCCGACUGCCAGGCCCUGCAGCGGUCCCUGGAGGACCUGGUGGACGGCAGCCAGCGGAGCACACGGGAGCACUGCGCCUUCAGCCACGAGCUCCUGCAGCUGCAGCAGUGGGUGGCCGUGGUCACGCAGAAGCUGGAGUCCUACCUGGGGGACACGGGCCCCUGGGAUGCCCAGGCCCGCGAGGCCGAAGUCCAGGGGCUGCUGGCGGAAUUCCCCGAGAAGGAGGCCCAGCUGCCCCUGGUCGAAGCGCACGGCCGGCUGGUGAUGGAAAAGUCCUCCCCGGAAGGGGCUGCCGAGGUCCAGGAGGAGCUGGCGGAGCUGGCGGGGGCGUGGCGGGCCCUGAGGCUGCUGGAGCAAAGCCUGCUGAGCCUCAUCAGAAACCGGCAGCUGCAGAGGCUGGACGUGGACUCCGGGAAGACCCCGAUUUUCACCAACAACAUCCCGAAGAGGGGCUUUGUCCUCACCCCCACGGGGCCCCUCUCCAGGCGGCACCGGCAGCAGGCAGACCCGCGCCAGGAAGCAGGAGGCGGCCCCGAGGGCUUCCCCCAGCUCCUGGGUGACUUCGAGCGGUGGCUGCAGGUGGAGAACGCCAAGCUGGUGAGAGUCAUCGCCAUGAGAACCGCCACGGCCGAGGCCGCCAGGGCCAGAGAGACGAAGCUGCAGGAGCUGGAGGCUCGGGUCCCUGAAGGCCAGCAUCUCUUCGAGGACCUCCUCCGUCUGGGGCCGGCGAGGGGCGCCUCGGAGGAGCUGGAGGACCUGCGCUACCGCUGGAUGCUGUACAAGUCCAAGCUCAAGGACUCCGGGCAACUGCUGACGCAGAGUUCUGCAGGGCAGCCCGCUGGAUUCCAGAAGGCCCGGCCGCGGCGAGGACCCGGCGGCUUCCUCCGGAGGGUGUGCUGCGUGGCGCUGCCCCUGCAGCUGCUCCUGCUGCUGCUGCUGCUGCUGCUGCUGCUCCUGCUCCCCGUGGGCGAGGAGGCCCGCAGCUGCACACUGGCCAACAACUUCGCCCGCUCCUUCAGGCUCAUGCUCCGCUACAGCGGCCCCCCGCCCACCUAGCCGCGGGGCUCACCGGUGACUUUCUCCUCCGGCCUCCUCAGGACACGGGGACGCUGGACAUGGGCAGGUGGACGGCAGAGCUGCCGGGACAAAGACUGUGCGGGUGCUCCCAGCACAGAACGACUUUUUCUACGGUGUUGUCUGUCUAUUUAUGCUGCACGUGCGCUGGGCGGGACCAGCACCGACGUACAGGACUCUGUGCGCUGCAUGUGCAGGCUCGUGCGGACGGUUUCGGGGGAGGAUCUGUUCGGGGUGGGGAAAGGGCUGCCCUGGACUGGGGGUCUGCCGUCAGCCCUGGAAACGCAGCAUGUCGCUCGGGGUGACCUCCUACCCAGAAGCCCACCCCCAGCCCAGGGCUACUGAGGCCUCUGCUUGGCGUUCGGACGGGCCCGCUCAGGCCCAGUGGCUCCUGUGUUAGGCACCAUGACGGAGGACAUGCUUGUCUCAUUUUCAACUGGACAGAAGCAGAAAUGGGGGCGCUCACUGGCAGGCCCAGCGAGGGCAGUGAAGAGUGACCUCCAGGGAGGGCGGGGCCUGGAAGAGCAGCCCGGGAAGGACCAAGGGGCAGGCCGAUGGGGCGCCGCGGGCCCCGAUGGCACGGACCAGGGCGAGAGUCGCAGUUCCAUGGCGCCUGCGUGUCCUGUUCAGGGAGAGACCUCAGGGCUAAGAUCUCCGUGGAGCGAGGGGUGCGCCCUGUGAGCAGCCGCCUCCCGUGAGGGAAGAUGCCCCCCGCCCCCCGUCACUCUUGGGCUGAGCUGGUCCUGUCCCCCCUGGAGUGGAGGGGAGCCCGUCACACUAGGAAGUGAGGGCCCCAGACAGAGGUGAGGGGUCAGCCUUGCGGCUCAGCCGCCGGAAAGGCUCUCCCUCCUCCUCCCUGGAGGGGCUCUGGACAGAGGCAGAUCCUCGGGACCAAGAGUGCCCCCACGUGCCCCUGAAAGGGAGCCAGCUCCGGGCGCCACACCUGGCCCUCCGCCAGGCCUGGGCCGCGGCCCCCCCACCAUCUGGGAGGGCCGGCCCUCUCUCUGCUGGGCCCCGAGGCCGGAAACAGGCCCCUUCCUCCCCGGGGACUCCGGGGGCUCCUGAGCGCUAUAACUGGAUCGUGUUUUCCCUAAAUCAACACGAAGCUUUCCUUUCUCAGAGAUGCCCAGCGCCCGCGCUUUACCCAUCGAGCCGGUCUGCUCAGUUACCCGCAGGCCCAGGGCAGCUCCUCGGGGCUGUGGAGCCAGAAGGCGUGACAGACCCUGGAAGCCCCGGAAGCCGGGGGAAACUGAGGCGCCGGAGCCCUGGCCCCGUGCGAUGCCCCCCGCCUCCGCCCGGCACACUGGCCUCCCUUUCUCGCCAGGCCCGGCCUGGGCACAGCUCUCGCCGCUGGACCCGGGGUCCCAGAACCAAAAGGAACCGGACAUUCGGGCGCGGGAAGGCGGUGCUGCUGGGAACCGUGCCGGGCCCCCAGCAGAAAGCCCGCUUCGCCGCAGGGAGAAGCCGCCCGCGGGCGACCCUCUGCUGGGUCAGGGCUGCGCCACCCAGACCUCAGUCCAGCAGCCACGCCGGGUGCAGGGGGCCCUGUGCGUCCACCCUAGACGGUCCGAGCUGGCAGGGCCUUCAGUGUCUCCACUGCCCCUCCCCCUUCACAGGGAGAAGGCUGAGGCCCAGAGAGGGGCAGUGACCUACCUGCCUGUGGGCACACAGCAAGGGGGCAAGGUCACCCCGCCCCCAGGGUGCACCCCGCCCCCAGGGGGCACCCUGCCCAGGACGGCCAGGAGCAGGCCCCCCGCCCGCCUUGUCAGUAACUUCCAGAAGCAAGGGCUUUGAGCGGGAACGUGGUGCUUCCGUGUGGAGCGUGUGGGCUGGCGGGCGGGAGUGUCUGUAUAUUUUGUAAACUUUGAUGAUGAUGCCUUAGUCUGCUUGUUUGCAUAACUUUUUCUAAAAAGGAGACCUGAUAUUUUCAUUACUUUAUAUAAAUGCAGUUGUAAUGGGAUCGAACAACCA